CGGGUCCUCGCCCUGGACUGGCCGUUCAGAAUGGCGAGUCCAGAGCCCACGGGCACGUUUAACCUCACGCUGGGCGUACUGAGCCCAUAGCGGGCGGGUGUCCUGGCGCGCGCUGCCCUGUCCAGUCUCGCGACUCUUCCGACCUUUUUCAUCGGCUGAGGGUCCCGGGGGAGUCGGGGAAAUCUCCAUCGGGACCCGGCGGAAAUAGACUUUGGAAGGAAGGGAGAAAGGCGAUGGCGGCCCCCAAUUCGCCGCCUCCGUGAGGUCUGAGCUAAGUGCGCUCCUUCGUAGUGAGCCGAAAUCGGGACGGCGGAACGUCCUGGGCAUUCCUUGCGACCCUGGCUCCGAGUGGUCGCUUUAGAUGGCUCUCUUCAUCACAAGACCAUUAAAACUGGCCUGAAUCAUCUCAUCGUUGAAAAGAACCACAUCCAUCAGAAUUGAUGAUCACAUAAUUUUGCUGUUGCCCUGUGCAGUGAUCUCCUGGUUCUGCUCAUUUCAUUUAGCAUCAGUUCAUGAGAUGAAAAAUGGCAAGUCCAGAUCCACCUGGACAGAAGAUACUAAAAGCUAAAAAGACCAUGCCUACAAGUUGUCGGAAACAAAUACAUACUUUGCAUAAAUCAGGAAAUAUUGAGCUCCUGAAAACAGUAGAUAAGAAUAAUGUACAUGGUGGAAAUCAGCAGUUAAACACUGAUGUCAUACAUAUGAAAAAUGAAAGUUCUGAUGUGAAAAGUUUCUUAUUGGACUUAAGAAGAAAAGGCAUACUCCCUCAGGAAAAGGAAAUGUGUCCUCAAAAUUUAGCAAUAACACUAAAAACAGUAAAGAGCAACUCAAAGAUGAACUUUGUCAAUAAACAAGUUAUUGAUCCAAACAGCGGGCCAAGUGAAACAGAAAAUUCUUGCAAGAAGUUUUAUAUCCAAGACUUACGUGACUCACAGCAAACUUCUUGUGGUUCUGAACAAAAAAUAAAUGAAAAAAGGUUUUCAUUUGAGCAAGUUAAAGUUAAUUUAAAUCUAAAACCAACCAGCAGUCCAUCUGGUCCAUUGAAUGGUUUAAUUGACAAGUCAGAUUAUAUAUUAGGUAAUUCUGUAGAAAAAGCUUUUAAUGAUAUUGGGAAUGGUAAAGAAAAUAAUCAAGUAGGUUCCAGGCUAGACGUGACCUCACUAUCAGAAUCACAUGUCUCACAGCAGAAUGAAGCUAUUUCAGUUGUAAAUUCAAACUCUCAUCUUAUGUUUAACAAGACUUCUGAUUUGAAAAAAAUGAUUCAGGCCAGGAAAGAUACUAGUGAUAUUUUGAAGACACAAGAAUACAAUCAAACUGAUCUUUCAAACACUAUAGACUGUGGGAAUACAGUCUCAACUUGUCAUUCAUCAUUUGACACUAAUGGCAGCAGCACCUCAAAGAAAAGAGUACUUUCAGGAAACAAAGAGAAUGUUAAGCGCAUGAAAAUUUCAAAUGAAGUUAAUGAGAACAUUUGUAUUGUGGGGAAAGAAAGCUCAUUGUUUGAACAGGUUAAAUGCUUGAUUCAACAGGAAGUCUGCGUUAUAAAUUACAAAGUAUUUGACCAUAAGCUGAAGGAACUAAAUGAGCGAGUUGACAAGACGCAGUGCAGAAAAAAGCACGAAGCAAUAGCUAUCGAACUUCUUAAAAAAAUAUCAAAACUUGAUAAAUGUAUUAAAGCUGCAUUAACACUUCAGAAGAUUGGAUUAGAAUCAAAUAUACCUGCCUGCAAGGUCACAAAAUCAAAGACUGUCAUAUUGAAUAAGAAUCAGGCUGAGAGGGACAACCCAAGUAUGAAAUUGACUUCUUUGAACAUGAAGUCAUCCAGACCUUCAGAACGCUCUAUUGAUGAAGCAAAGCAAAAGAAUAAUGUGACUUCAGAUUGUGUUGAAGUUGUGUCUGAAAGUAAAAAUACUGAUGUUAUGCUGAUUUCUGAGGAAAAUGAUCAUUUGAAAGCUCCAGUAACAAGUACAACAGUCAUCAUGAGUUCAAAGAAGGUUAAUGAUACCACUCAGAAGAAAAGGAAGUUAGUGAGAACCACGAUAGAACAAAAAAAAGAGAUAAUAAUGAAGUAUGAGCAUGGUAGCUGUGUGUCUAAGCUCUCUGCUGAGUACAAAAUGCCUAGAACAACAGUCUCUUCGAUAGUAAAAAAUAAGGAAGCUAUUAAAGGAGCCAGUGUUGCUAGAGGUGUGAAGGCUGUGACUAGGCAAAGGUCACAAACAUUGGAAGAAGUGGAGAAAUUGUUGUACAUUUGGAUUAAUGAAAAACAGUUAGCGGGUGAUAGUAUUUCUGAGGCACUAAUUUGCAAGAAAGCAAAACAAUUGCAUACUGAUCUGUUAAAAGACAAGCCUGGAACAAGUGAUGACAGCAGUAAAGUGUUUAAAGCCAGUCAUGGAUGGUAUAAUAAAUUUAAAAAGAGGAUCGGCAUUCUUAGUAUGGUGAGGCAUGGAGAGACAGCCACCGCCAACAAAAAAGCUGCUGAAACCUUUGUCGGUGAGUUUAGAGACUAUGUAAAGGCUGAGGGUUUUAUUCCCCAACAAGUCUUCAAUUGUGAUGAGACUGGUUUAUUUUGGAAGAAAAUGCCUAACAAAACCUACAUCACUCAAGAAGAGAAGGCAUUGCCAAGGCAUAAACUCAUGAAGGAUAGACUAACUUUGUUGCUGUGUGGGAAUGCUAGUGGGGAUUUAAAACUUAAGCCUCUACUAGUCUAUUAUAAUGAAAACCCCCAUGUUUUCAAGGGAGAAAAUGUGAUAAAAAGCAAGUUAAGUGUAAUGUGGAGGACCAAUAGAAAAGCCUGGGUAACCAGGCAGUUCUUCAUUGAAUGGAUGAAUGAAGUAUUUGGCCCCAGUGUAAAAAAAUAUUUGCAGGAAAAGGAACUACCUCUGAAGGCUCUGUUAAUAAUGGACAGUGCUCCUGCUCAUCCUCCAGGCUUGGAAAAUGACUUGCUGGAGGAAUUUAACUUUAUAACUGUGAAGUUCUUACCCCCUAACACAACUCCUCUGCUCCAGCCCAUGGACCAGCAGAUCAUCUCAAACUUUAAAAAACUAUAUACCAAGGCCCUCUUCCAGAAGUGCUUUGAAGUGACUUCAGAUACUGAGUUGACACUGAGAGAGUUUUGGAAGGACCAUUUCAAUAUCCUCCACUGUGUCACUCUGAUAGAUAAGGCCUGGCAUACAGUUUCUUACAAAACCAUGAACUCUGCCUGGAGGAAAUUGUGGUCAGAAGCUGUAACUCCAAGGGACUUUGAAGGCAUUGGGGCUGACCUGAGCCCAGUAGUGGAAGACAUUGUGUCUCUGGGAAAGUCCAUGGGCCUGGAGGUCAGUGAUGAAGACAUUGAAGAGUUAGUGAAAGAGCACAGAGAAGAGCUCAGCACUGAGGAGUUACAGGAACUUCAAAGGGAGCAACAACAGAUAGUGGCUGAGAAACUUUCUUCAGAUGUCGGAAAAAUGGUAUUGGCAAAUUCAAAUGAUUCAGUUGGUUCUAAAACUAAAUCUCAGGCUUCAAGGGAAAAAAGGAAGCUUGAGGAUUUGGUGAUUGACCUGACGGAAGAAGCAACAUCAGUGGAAGUCCUGGAAUUGCCUGUGGCAACCAAAGAAAACUUGAAGGAAAAGAACUUAGUGGCACAAGAUUCAACACAGGUCACGGAAUCAUUUGAACACCUUCCUUCACUACCAGAGCUACCCCAAAAUCCUCUUCUCACAGGAUCCAGUGACACUCUUCCUCCCCAGAAGUUUGAGCUAAGGCUGAAACAAGUACUCAAGCCAAAAGGCAUAGCACUGACGUGGAACACGUCUCAUAUUAAUCCCAGGUGUGCCCCUGUGGAAAGCUAUCACCUCUAUGUAUGCCAUGACAAUACCCUUAACAAGAGCAAAAUAACUUGGAAGAAAAUAGGAGAAAUUAAAGCUUUACCUCUCCCAAUGGCGUGUACUUUAUCUCAGUUCUUGUCUUCUGGUUCAUAUUAUUUUACUCUACAAGCAAAAGAUAUUUAUGGAAGAUAUGGACCUUUUUGUGAUAUCAAAUAUGUCCACAGAUUCUCUAAAGAUAAAGAUCCAUAAGUCCUUCCUACAUAAGACAUAUUUUGUAAGAAGCUAGGCCCUUUCACAUCCAAGUUGUUUGUUCUUUGUCAUCGGUAUUCCAAUAGUAGCCUCAAAGUUCACGUGGUGUUUAACUGGCCAGUUCUUAAUUGUGAAUCCUCUGUUUUAGAAAUUUUCAUCAUCUCCAGUGCUUUGUAAAGGGCUCAGUCUAUGAUUGAUAUUCAACAGUGCAUCUUCUAAAAGGGAUGAAAUGACAUGUGUGAGGUAUAUGUUAAAGAUAAUGCUUUUUUCCUUGUUGAUAGUGUUUGGGAUAUGUAAAUAUGUUAGAAUUAACUAGUUCAGAAAAACAUCUAAUCAUAUAGUUAAAAUAGAACUUUGUACAUGAUGCAUUUCAUUAAAGUUUUCUUAAAUUGCAUUUAUGUUCCACAGAGUGCUGUUUUCGUUUUAUAAAACAUCUGUUAAACUUUUUUUUACUGUAUUAUAAUCAUAUCAGAAAAUUGUCUGGAGGAAUUUUUGUAAUUGUCUAUAGUUGUAUAGAAUACAAAUUAUUAAACUUUGUGCUGUAUACAUAAAACAUUAAGUACUUUUUUUUAAAAUAAGUUUAGAUCAUGAAAUUUAAUUUAAUUCUUAUCUCUUGUUAAAUUUGGUUCCAGAUGUGGAAUUCUACAGUCAUUUGGACUCUGUCUUUAAAUAUUAGACCGUAUUUUUUUGGUGUAACCAUAAAACCACCUCUAUUCUGAUUUUCUUACCAUCACCCAUGCCAAAUAGGGUUAAAAGUAUAGUCCACCACAACCCUAACAGAUCAAGGUUGUGAGCCACAGAGAUCUUUGGAUCAAUAAAAUUGAGAAAGAACAUUUUAGGUAUUUUGGUUGCCCUGAGAAUUUGAGAUAAAAUGUAUGAAAUAUAAAUAGUUCUUUCAACAAACAUUAGUUAAAGGAAAUUUUGCCGUCUGGUGUUAAUUGUGUUCAUUAAUAAAGAGUUUCCCCCAUUG